AUAAGUUCACUUGUGCGGCCAUCAUGGUUCAAGUUAGUACUGUACUUUCUCUAUUUCUAUUGCUAAUAUGUCUAGUUGAUUCCAGUUCUGAACCAAAACGUACAAUGAUAAGAAAGCCAGGAGCUCGUCUUGCAAUAGAAUACUACAAACCAAAAAGUAUCACACGUUAUGUGAAAAAUGCAAAAGGAGUAGCUCAAGAGCACAUUUUCAGGGUGUGCAAUGGGAAAAACAAGACGAAAUGUGGAUAUUGGGAGAAUGUGAAGACAAAGAAAAAAGUGGGACCAAAAACGACAUAUGACAAAAAGAAGGAUAUGUUAAUUAUUGCAAAAGUGUCAAAACUCGAUGCAGGAACCUACAUUACACCCUCAUAUGAUACUGUUACUGUUAUUAUUCAAGAUGAUAAAUUUUAAAAUUUGAGUGUAAUAAAGUGCUAGUAGGUCCAAA